CCCCGACGCCCCCAAGCUUACGCCUUCUUUUUCGCGCCGCCUUCCCCGGCGCUCAUGUCGAACUGGGAUGAGGACGAGUGGCACCAGCCCGAUGUCCAGCAGGAAGGAUGGCAGGCAGGGUAUGGCGCGGUAGAUGAAGAGGAGGAGGAGGAGGAGAUGAUUGAGGACACCGUUGUCAUCAUCGACAAUGGCUCCGGCUUGUGCAAGGUGGGCUUCUCCAACGAGGAGGCGCCUCGAUUCAUCUUCCCAGAGAUCAUCGGGCGGCCGCGGGACGUCUGGAAGGAGAAGGGCGGCUUUGCCGACUACUACUUUGGGGAUCAGAUCAGCCCACAGCUUCAGAGCAAGUGUGCGAUCAGCUACCCCAUGGAGAACGGGGAGAUCGAAAGCUUUGAGGACAUGGAGAAGAUGUGGGAUCACAUCUUCUUCGACAAGCUGGAGAUGGACCCUGACAGCUUCGUGAACCACCCAGUGCUACUCACGGAGCCACCCUACAAUCCCACGGCCAAGAGGGAGAAGAUGGUGGAGGUGAUGUUCGAGACAUUCAAGGUCCCCUUGUUGAACAUCUCCAUUCAGGGCGUACUGGCGCUGCUGGGCCAGGGCCGAACCACCGGCUUGGUGCUGGACAGCGGAGAGGGGGUGACCCACUGCGUGCCAAUUUUCGACGGCUACGGCCUCCCCCACUGCAUCAACCGCCUAGACCUGGCGGGCCGGGAGCUGAACACGUUGCUCUGCAAGCUGAUGGCGCUGGAGGGCCACCGCCUCACGACCACGGAGCAUCAGUGUGCAGCGCGACAGAUGAAGGAGCAGCUCUGCUACGUGGCGCUAGAGCCGUCGUCAGAGAUCGCUGAGGAGCGGAGGUUCCAGCUGCCCAACGGGCCCAGCAUCUCGCUCCAAGAUGAGCGCUGGAAGUGCCCGGAGGCGCUCUUCAACCCCAGCCUCGUGGGCCUCGAGUGCGCUGGCGUGGCGGGCAUGGUCUGGGACAGUAUCGCACGUUGCGACGUGGAUGUGCGGAAAACGCUCCUCUCCAACGUGGUCCUGUCCGGAGGCUGCACGAUGUUCCCUGGCUUCAGCGAGCGGCUCUCCAAGGAGCUGCGGGGUUACGCGCCAGUGGCGGCCCAGUGCGACAUCCGCGUGCUGAAGAGCAAGGACCAGAUCAGUGCGGUUUGGACGGGCGGACAGGUCUCGGCCAGCCUGAGGGAGAUGCAGGAGGACCUCUGGAUGACGCUGGAGGACUACGAAGAGUACGGCGCCAGCCUCAUGCACGACAAGGUCGCUGUGAAGUACAACUAGCUCAUCUGUGGCGAGCACUUCGCGUUGGCAGGCCUGCCCCCGGCCUCGGCGUCUCGGAAGAAUGUGACGCCACGCGGUGACGCGGUGUACAGUAAAAGCCAUCGGCAGAGCGUUCAGCCGAGUGGAAGGAGACUUGACAAGAGCCGCAUGCGGUCCAGCC